UCUGAGUGCCCAGUUGGCUGGCCGACCUCGUCCGUGUACUGGCCCAGCAGCCAUCCGGUCAGCUGCCUGCCUCAUCUUUCCUUCCUUGCGAGUGUCCAGUCUACGACCGGUUGCGUGACCCUCGGCCCGGUGGGCCAGUUUGUCUUAAAGUUGCAUGAGGCGCUGCCGCGUUUAGGCCUGACGGCUUACCGGUCGACUCCUGUGCCAAAACGGAAGACAUGCGGUGCCGGUGCCUACCGGUCCGAGGAUCGAGUCCCCACCCCGUCGACAGCCGGACUCAUUCCGUCCCUCCUCCCUCGCCCAACUGGGAAACGCAGACCGUUGGCAAAACGGCCAGGCCAAAUGCCUCACUCAGCGACCGAACAGAAAGCCGAAUUGGCGACUCAGCUGACGAGUAUACGUCCAGUUGUCAUAUGGACACCUGAUUCUGAGGGCUUACGUGAAGACGACACAAUCGAGCGGGACGUAUUUGCGAAUCCAUCAUUUGUCAACCUCCCGGAGACAUUGACACGAACUGCAGGUUCCCAGUGA